GUUGUAUUGAUCUGUUUAUUGUCUAAGUCCCUUGAUUUGCGCCAGCGUAGCACUUUAGGGGCACAAUCAGGGGAACAUCAAGACGUGGGAUGGAAGAAGCUGAAGUUGAAUUCUCAAUACCGGAGUCACAAUCAGCGGUAUCCUCCUCGCAAGACAAUGAGAAUCGUUCUAUCAAGGAAAAGAUCAAUCAUAUUUCUAAGAAUUGCGUGUACUCAUGCCGUCUCUGCAGAACGGUGCUCUUUUAUGAAAGCGAAGUGUUACAGCAUUUUCCUAAGGCAGAAGAAGCGGGACAACAUCCAUUCCGACGAAUACCUGUCCCUGAUCGAAAUGGUGUAGGAGAGGAAAGGCUAUGCACCAGCUACUUUUUAGACCCAGACAUAACCCCAUGGGUAGCAAAAGAAAGCCGUGACGCGACAGCCUUUGGUGAGGCGGUAGCACCAGAUACACUUUACUGUCCUAACCCUGCCUGCCGCGUCAAGUUAGGGACACAAUCGUGGGCGGGAACACGGUGCUCAUGUGGGGCAUGGGUGACACCAGCCUUCAAGAUAUUGGGAAAAUGUGUGGAUAGAUUGAACGUUGAUGCGUAAAAUCGAAUGCGCUGUCGUUUACACGGAUCUCCUCCUUCCUUGGAUCAGUAAGAGAGACAUGUAGCGUAAAAGGGUAUAAUCUAAUUUAA